CAGCCGGGUGGGAGGGAACUUGGUGCCUGGAGCGCCACGGUGAAGGCAGGAGGAGGGUUAUGAGCUGUCCCACUGCUGCCUGGCAGGGAAGAGUGCUCAGGAGGGGAUGGGAUGGGCCUGGCUUGCCCUCACCUGGGCUCCAGCCCCUCUCUCAACCCUCCCCACCCCGGCCUGACCUGUAGUUUGACCCUGAGCUGGUGCUGGUCUCAGCAGGAUUUGACUCAGCCAUCGGGGACCCUGAGGGGCAAAUGCAGGCCACGCCAGAGUGCUUCGCCCAUCUCACACAUCUGCUGCAGGUGCUGGCCGGCGGCCGGGUCUGCGCCAUGCUGGAGGGCGGCUACCACCUGGAGUCACUGGCUGAGUCGGUGUGCAUGACAGUACAGACGCUGCUGGGCGACCCGGCUCCACCCCUGUCAGGGCUCAUGGUGCCAUGUCAGAGUGCCCUGGAGUCCAUCCAGAGUGCCCGUGCUGCCCAAGCCCCGUACUGGAAGAGCCUGCAGCUGCAAGAUGUGACCCCUGUGCCGACGAGCCCCAGCACCCACUCCCCAGAGGGGAGGCCUCCACCUCUGCUGCCUGGGGGUCCCAUGUGUAAGGCAGCUGUACCUGCACCUGCACCGAGCUCCCUCCUGGACCGGCCGUGCCUCUGCCCUGCACCCUCUGUCCGCACCACUGUUGCCCUGACAGUGCCAGAUAUCACACUGGUCCUGCCCCCUGAUGUCAUCCAACAGGAAGGGUCAGCCCUGAGGGAGGAGACAGAAGCCUGGGCCAGGUGGGCAGGGCUGGCCUGGGGAGGAUGGGGCCGCAUCUACACCUGUGACGCCUGGAGAACGGGUGGCCGUGCAGGCCGGGACCCACCCGGCUGCGCCCCCAGACUCUCCGCUGCCCACGAGUCUCGGAGUGGCACCCUCUCCUGGUCGUCUCCUCUCGUGGGGCCCGAAGAACGGGGCAAAGCCGAGUUCGUGCGCUGUACUGCGCGGGCGCGCGUUUCGUUCUUCGGGUUUGCCAUGGUUCUGUGA